UGUGGAAAAUAUUAAGUGACUAAUAAAAAAAUCAUCCAUUUGGUGCAAUACAUAAGAAAAUUGAUGAUACUAAUUUUUAUUAGCUCUGUCCAACUGAUUACGUAUCACCAUCAUCCAAUAUUCAUCCUAAUGCCUAUCGAAAGAUUUGAUCCUAAUUACCCAAAAGUACGUUUCAAUUCUAAAACCGAAACAGAACGUUUUAAUUAUUAAAAAAAAAAAAAAACAAGAAUUAGAAUCGAACCGCUCACCGAUUUUGAUUUAGUUUGAAAUCGACGAACCCCGAACCAGCUCGGUUCCGAUUCCGGCCCGGAAUCGAACCCGGCCGACACACAGCCCACGCCCUGUUUUAUCCAAAGCCAUUGUGCCGAUGAGGAGAAACCUUCGCGUUUUCUCACUAGCAAAGAUGCCAAGCCCGGUAGUCCAGCGUGAAGAAGAGCAGCAGCUCCCCUCCACCCAAGAGAAAGAGGAGUAGCUGCAGCAGCAAGAACAGCAACAGGAAGAAGAGAGGAAGAGGAGGACGAUGCCCCCGUCAUUGAGGACGUCAAGGAUGGAUGGCGGAGACGACGAAGACGACGAUGAUGAUGAUGAUGAUGAUGAUGGCGACGCCGAAGGUGACCACAAAGCAGGUGCAGAUAACAGUUCUAAGCAGAGCAGGAGUGAGAAAAAGAGCCGCAAGGCAACGAUGAAGCUAGGAAUGCAGCCAGUCACAGGUGCCAGCAAGAUUACAAUAAAGAGAACCAAAACUCUCCCCUCACUAUCCUUUAGUCAAUUGUUGCAUCCCGGACUUCUCACCGGCAUUUAUUUUACAUCCUAAAGUCCAAACGUGCGAGAUGGGAAGGAGGGGAAGGACCAGAGUUCUUAAUGAUUUUGAUACUUCCUCUGCAAGCAUUUAUUGUUCCUGGCAAGUGGUGAGAGGGUGAAUCUAAGAGAGAAAGCCUGAACAAUGUUGCGACUGUGAAGAGAUGUGGUAGGAGGAGGAGGAGGAGGGGGAGAGAGACUUUUAAGGUAGGAUAAGAUCAACGAGAGUCAGAUUCGCAUCUGUGGCUGCUGUAUUUGCUGCUGUUUCCAUGGAGCGGCUGCGAGGAUCCAUCGAUCACUCCCCUGAGUCGGCUGGGGAUGGGUUGAGCUCAAAGUGCGUGGAACCAGGAGCAGCGACAGCGAGCUUUUCUGAUCAUCUUAAAAUGAGCUAUGGGAGCCUGUCCUCACAUCAAACGCCUGUCCUUCGUCUGCUCCAAGGAGCCAUGCAAGCAGGGGAAGAUAUGGUGGAAGAGGAAGUCCAGCUCCAUCUUCAACAGUAUCAGCACCGACGUUUCUUCACCUCCUACCCACAAGAAACCAACUUCCAGCUGCUCCGCCGGAUGCAGAGCCAAUGCCACUUCAGGCAACUGCGGAUGGCCGAGAUGGACCGGUCCUGUGCCGUGGAGCAGCUGGAGAGCUGCGUCACCCACGUAUCCGAGUCCGAGACGAGAGGUAUAGUCCAUCGCGAGGAUCCGGCGACUGCGGCCGCGACUGGUCCCAUGAGAUCCCCGGCAGUGGCUGGCUCCAACGAACGAAGGAAGAGGAAACGCCAGCGGCCGGCGUCGGCUUCGAAGAGCGCGGAGGAGGCGGAAAGCCAAAGGAUGACCCACAUAGCAGUGGAGCGCAACCGCCGCCAUCUCAUGAACGUCCACCUCGCCACCCUCCGCUCCCUGAUGCCCCCUUCCUUCGUCCAACGCGGCGACCAGGCGUCCAUCAUAGGUGGUGCCAUCGAGUUCGUCAAGGAGCUCGAGCAGCAUCUCCUCUCCCUCCGAGCCCAGAAGCGGUUCCGGGAAUCGGCUUUCGCUCGAUCGAGCUCCGACGAUGACGACCCCUGCCGUGCGCCCCUGCCCCUGCUGCACGACGAUUUCCUCAUCUCGCCACAGUACACGGGCUACUCGCAGUCCCAGCGGCGACGGCGCGACGGCAACGGAGAAGAAGCGCAUCAGGAGGAUCGGACAGGGGUGGACGUGGAAGCGACGUUAGUGCAAGGGCACGUGAACCUUAAGGUGGCCGGACGGCGGCAGCGGGGGCAGCUAGUGCGGGCCAUUGCGGCCAUGGAGGAGCUACGUCUCUCCAUCCUACACCUCAACAUCACCUCCCUCGGACCCUCCUCCAUCCUCUACUCCCUCAACCUCAAGAUGGAGGAAGAGUGCAAGCUGGGGACAGCGGAUGAGAUUGCGACGGCGGUGCACCAAAUCUUCAGCUAUAACAGCAACUGCUGAUGACAUUAUGCUGUAAUUUUGUCUCUGGACGUAUGGAAGAGACAGGAGGAAGGGUAGGGUAGGAUGAGUUGGGGGUGGGGAGUGGACCACUGCCAUUGCUGAACUGUGAGGAAGGGCAGCAGCAGCUGUGGCAGCUUUCAUUUCUGCUGAUAUGUGCAGUGAUGGGAUAUUUUGUACUCUUUGGGUUUCAGUUUUGCCAGCUUUAUUCUCCUUUCGUUCUCAA